AACAUUUUCACCCAUUAAAUUGACCCAUUAAACUAUUACUAUGCGCUGACUCGAGAACCACUCGGACCGAUUCAGUGUUUUAUGUUCAUUAAUGAUCCGAUUCAAAAUGAUCCGGUUCAAAAGAACGAUUCGUUCAAUUGCUAGUGCGCUGAGCGGGACAACUGAUGACACAAAGGGUCUGUAUCGCCUGAGCGCGGGUCCACAAAAGUUAUCUGGGAGAGGUAAUCUAUUUAAGGCCAUAAAUAUGUCACAUAAUUAAUAGAGCGUGAUUCAGUCGAUUUGUUCGUGUUGAUUUAUUUGAGCGCUUGAAGAGAGAGGCGCAUUAGGGCAGCGAUGGAGAUGGAGCUAUCCUCAACAGAUGUGGAAAAACUAUCUGAAAUCAACGAAACUCAAGAUAUUGAUUCGGAUGAUUUGCUGGAGUUGAAUCAGUUCGACGGACUCCCUUUUUCUUCACGAUAUUACAAACUAUUAAGAGAAAGAAAAGGUCUGCCGGUGUGGGAAGCGAAAUGCGAGUUUAUGGGUACUUUGAUAAACAGCCAGAUUGUGAUAGUUACUGGCACAGCUAAAACAGGACAAAGCACUCAGAUCCCUCAAUGGUGUGCAGAGUUUUGCCUAUCUGCGCAGUAUCAGAAUGGCAUGGUAGUGUGCACUCAAAUUCACCAACAGAGCACGGUGGAACUGGCCCUCCGUGUGGCCGACGAGAUGGACGUCAACAUCGGCAAUGAGGUUGGAUACAGCAUCCCACUUCAGACCUGUUGCUCCCCUGACACUGUAUUGAGGUACUGCACAGAUGAUGUGCUGCUCCGGGAAAUGAUGUCGGACCCCCUUUUGGAGCAGUAUGGUGUCGUGGUCAUUGAUCAGGCCCAGGAACGCACCGUCAGCACAGACCUGCUCCUCGGACUGCUCAAAGACAUGCUCCUCGCACGGCCGGAGCUCAGACUGGUCAUCCUCACCGCCCCUCACGCCGCUGAGAAACUGCUACGUCACUAUGGAAGCGUCCCUCAGAUCCGGCUGGAAGGGCCACAGCCAUGCGAGGUGGUGUAUGGUAGUGGGAGAGGAGGUGUGAAGGAUUACCUCUGCUCUGCCCUCAGACUGGCUCUGGAAAUACAUCAGAAUCAAAACCAUGGAGACAUUGUGACAUUUCUGGCAACUGAGCAAGAGAUUGAAUGUGCCCAUGCUAUUUUGCGGAGAGAGGGUGUCAAUCUUGCGUUGUCUCAUGGCGAGCUGGUGCCUGUGUCUCUGUGCCCGGCGCAAGGAGACAGUCUCUCAGUGCUGUCUGAGGAGAGCAAGAGCAGGAGAGUCUUCCUCACCUGCAGCCCCAAUGAAGACUUAUUCUGGGCCAUUCACAGCAUUCGCUUUGUGAUUGAUGCUGGAGUGCAAAAAAGAUAUGUGUACAAUCCUAGAAUCAGAGCCGACUCCAUUGUUAUCCGACCAAUCAGCAAGAGCCAAGCUGAGAGCCGCAAACAACUUGCAGGCCCAACAGGCAAGUGUUUCUGUCUGUAUCAAGAGGACACGUCACUUCCUGUUGAGAGCGUCCCUCACAUUCUUGAGUCUGACAUCACUUCCACUGUGCUCUUCCUAAAGCGCAUGGAAAUUGCUGGCCUGAGCAACUGUGACUUCGUUGACAGACCAGAUCCAGAAGGCCUCAUGCAAGCUUUAGAGGAACUCGACUAUCUUGCUGCUUUGGAUGAUGACGGAAAUCUCUCUGAGAUUGGAAUUAUCAUGUCAGAGUUUCCUCUCGAGCCACAGAUGGCUAAGACUUUGCUUGCGUCUUGUGAAUUUGACUGUGUGAGUGAAGUGCUGACCAUCGCUGCCAUGCUAACAGCUCCGAGCUGUUUCCUUACACCCCCAGUGGAAAUGAGACAGAAAGCCUCACUGUGUCAUCAGAGGUUCCAGCAUGCAGAAGGAGACCACUUCACCCUUAUUAACAUCUUUAAUGCUUACAGAUAUGCUAAGGAAGGGCCAUACUCUAGCGUGGAACAGUGGUGUGAAGACCAUUUCCUUAGUCUGGCUGCUCUUCAGACAGCAGAUGCUAUACGCUCUGAGCUAACAGAAAUCCUGAAGCGGAUAGAGCUGCCAGUGUCCUUACCUGACUUUGGCUCUAAAAGCAACAGCUUGAACAUCAGACGUGCACUACUAGCUGGCUUCUUCAUGCAGGUGGCGAGGGACAUUGACGGGUCAGGGAAUUACUUCAUGCUAACCCAUAAACAUGUGGCUCAGAUCCACCCGCUGUCUGGCUACGGAACCGAGAUGCACAAGAAGAAUCUGCCAGAAUGGGUUCUGUACCAUGAGCACACACUGUCAGAGAACAACUGCAUCAGAACCGUCUCUCAGAUCUCAGCACAUGAGUUCAUUCAGAUGGCACCGCAGUACUUCUUCUAUAACCUGCCACCUAGUGAGAGUAAAGACCUACUGCAGCACAUUAUAGAUCACGGUUCAGCAGCCCCAUCUAAAGGCAAAAGAAAAACCCAGACCCCCAGCAGCCCUGCCAGUGAGGAUCAACCGCAUGAGCGCUGUACCAUACAGUGAUAGGGGAACUAGCAUACCUUACCACUGCGUUACCAUGACAGGAUUCAAACAGGAUGCUUACACUGCUACACAGUAACCGUGGAAUUUAUGAGGCACAACGAGGAAUCUCCAUAGACUCACCAAAUUAGCUUGAUUGAAAAGAACAGAUCGUGUAAUCUGUUAAACAUAGUGUGCCCGACCCCCUUCUCACAGUGCCCGGGACAAUGCUUCUAAGUAAUAACAAUUUGUACAGUUGUCUCUGCUGAAUUAAUAACAAUUUAAAUAACCUACUGCUGUGCAGUAGUUAAUGAAUAAACUGUCAUUGACUUUAUGGUGUCUAAAAUGUCUUUUAUAAACCGUAGCUACUAGUUAGCAUUUUUACAUAAUAUCAGGAUAGUACAAUUAAACAUUUUCCUUUUUCCAUUUGAUUGUGUUUCCCAUCGGUUUUAUUUAGUGCUGGAGAGCUGUAAUUAAACAAACCUGGAAUAGACUGGAAUUGUUUUUUUUGUUUUUUUUUUCAAUUGUAUAUGUAUUUAUUUGUAAGGCAUUUGUUUAGCUAAUAUAUUUUGAUAUUAAUCUCAAUUUCACUGUGAUAAUAAGAAAUUAAAUAAAAAAAACUGUUGUUCAAAAUGUUAAUAUUGUAUCUGAGAUUUUUUAUAAAGCUCUCAUAGAGUUUGAAUAUAGUCCAAAAUGUUCUGAAAUGAUCUACUUAAUUCAUAUCAUAUCUAUAUUAAACUGUUACAUGCGCCCAAAUAUCACUGCAGCUUUAAAUAUUAUUAAAAUUCAUUUUCACAUCAAACUAAACACUGCAGUGAAGACAUGUAAACAUCUAGGGAAUCAUUUUAAAAUCUUAAAAUUAAACACUCCCUGUGGUGAAUGUGUUGAAAAUGAAUGUUAUAUAAUAAAAAUAACGUUGUAUAAAGGAAUGGGUCUAAUGACUGUUUAAAUAUUUUUUAAUGGUUUAAAUGUUUGGGUUUUUUUUUUUUUUGUCAAACAGCAAUUCUUGUGUUGUAUUGUCACCCAGCUGUUCCAGUUCACUCACAUGACAGAUGGCAGAGUUGAAAGCGACGCUUGCAGUUUGUAAACAAAGUCUUUGAUUGGUCGAAUGAGUGACGACGUCAUCCACAACUCUCACGGACGCGUCGCGUUUGCAGCGCAUACUUUUGCUGAUUAUGAGAGCGUUGCGUAGCGUCACUGGUUGCAAAGACUGCACGAUUAAAUGAAAAAUAAAAUGAAAAGAUUUUCGCGUUUCCAUCUUUGUUUCUACUUAAAAUGUUCUUAGGAUUUGUGUCGUCUUUUUUAUUUUGUCAUAUUGGAAAGUCUGCUAUUGUAAUAGUUUGGCACUCGAGAGCAUUGAGAGAUGGGCACAGCAAAAAGCAGGAUGAAAAAAGUCGCACCUGUGUCAGUGACAGAGGAAAACGUCUGCAGCAGCGGCAGUCACCGGGAUGGAAGUCAGUUGUUUGGUCCCUCGAACACCCAAACUUCAGAUCGGCGCGUGUCAAUCAGAAGAAGAGCCCAGGGAGACUGUAACAGUGACGGGCAGGACUCUGAGUUUUCAGCCGAUGAUCCUGCGGUGGAGGUGGACAGAAUUCUCGCUGAGUGUGACAACAAUGAUAUAACACUGAACAGGACUUCUUAUAUGAUGCCAAUAUUUGGAGCAAAGUCGUCUGGACUUUACUAUGCCAAAAUACAAGACAGCAACAACGUUUGCAGUGGCAGUAAACAUGGUUAUGUGACGAAGGGCGAAUUUAAGGACAAAAAUAAAGUGAACAAACCAACCUCAAACAUUCAUGAAAAGGUCAGGCCUCUGGAGGACCGGUUGAGCUGUGCCAACAUAGAGAGCACAGCAACAGCUUCAGGUUAUGGAAUUGGUGGGGGCUCAUCUCUGGCCUUGCCUAUCACGUAUGAUGCUUCAGAAGAAGACCUCAUGAACACAAUCGAGAGGGAGUUUAGUUAACGAACAUAUUAAGGAUCUGCUGAGACAACUAAGAAAAGAGAAAAUGAUGUAUGAGAAGAAUUAUUGAUCACUACAAAGCAUUGUAAAUCAUUUUUAUAUCUAUCACUGAUAUUAUGGCAUGAAAUGUUUCAUUUUAAGGCAUAUAUAUAUAUAUGGCCUACUUAUUCAGUCCAUCGCCGCUGCCUUAAUUCUUUAAGAGAUUGUUUAUCCCUCAAUGGAAUAAAACAUGUACUUUCCUUUUGACAUUUUUUUUUUCAUAGAAUAUUAUUCUGUAAAGCAGAUUGCCUGAGAGAAAAACAUAUGGAGUAGAUAAUUUAGUUCCAUUUCCUGACCACAUUUCCAAAAUCCUCCACCCGUCUAAGACAGGAAUGCACAUCAGCAGUUUUUAGUGGCUCCAUGGAGGCCCCAACUACCCUAAACUAUGCUGAUGUAUAUGUUCAGCAGAUUGAAUGGCCUCCAUAAUGCUGAAUACAAUUUAUUUUGAGUCACAAUGAAAAUCUGCAUGAAUCAAU